GCGAGAGAGCGAGAGAGAGAGAAGGAACAUAGAAACUAGAAGAGAUGGAUGAUUCGGAACUCUCGGAGCUCCGCUGAAGUUUCACGCUGCUUGGCACGAUCACUUGGAUAUUCUAAGAGAUAGGCAUUCUUGAAAGGCAGGAAACAGUUGGGCAUGCUGGCGCCGAGGCUGAUGGGAAUUGAAAGUUGCGGGGCGUGAUAUCUUAGGCAUUGUCCUCGCUAGUUUAGCUUCAUUUUUCUUUGCACAUAUGUCGUCUACUUGUGUUCUCAGAAGCGGCACGACCAUGCUGAUCGUGUCGCCGUCCGCCCCCAGCCUUUCGCUCAAGCUAAGAGCUGUCCAGUGGGUGAAAUGGGAACAAGUCUCGGAGCUGCGGCCUGGAUGCCUUUAAGAUUGGGGGGAGGUCCGUUUAGAAGUAGAAAUGCUUUGGUAAGAUCAUGCUUGAAGCCUGAAAAUGGAGGAUUUGGACCGAGGUCUUUCGGGAUUGGUGAAAGAGAUGGUCUCAUCAUUGUUGACCAUGGGUCGAGGCGUAGAGAAUCGAAUCUCAUGCUUAAUGAGUUCGUGGCCAUGUUUCGAGAUAAAACUGGGUACCCAACUGUGGAGCCUGCUCACAUGGAGCUGGCAGAACCAUCUAUAAAGGAUGCAUUCAGUUCAUGUGUUCGCCGAGGGGUAACUCGUGUAAUUGUCACCCCAUUCUUUCUCUUUCCUGGGAGACAUUGGCACAAGGAUAUUCCUUCUCUGACAGCUGAAGCUGCAAAGGAGCACCCUGGUGUCUCUUAUAUUAUAACUGCACCUCUCGGCUUGCACGAGCUACUUGUGGACGUCGUGAAUGACAGGAUCAAACACUGCCUGAGCCAUGUAGAAGGAGCUGCAGAUGAGUGUGAAGCUUGUGUAGGUACAGGCAAAUGCAGAAUCUAUUAGUUUAAUGGUGCAACAUUUUCCCUUCACUGGAAAUAGAAUUGAAAAAAUCUGAGGGAAAUGUUGGAAAAUUGCUGCUCUGCAUGAUUGUUCUCUGAGCUUGAUCCAAGUGCCAGUGAUAUUAUGUGGAAAUCAUGUGGUUCCCAAAACCAACUGGUUAAGGCCAUAAAGCAACGAUUAUGCCGAAAAUUUCUGGGAGUACAUGUUCCGGCAUGUGUCCUUCAUUUCAUUAUCAUCUCUCGUCUUUGGCCUCAAUAAAGAGUUCUAGUUCAGACUUGCAGAAUGCGUUCUUCAUCAGCUUGACUAGCUAAGGUGUAAUCAUUGCAACAAAGCUAGAUGCAAUUACGUCUGGUACUCAUGUAGAUGGGUGUAUCUGAUAUCAUGGGGUUUCUCCAUUGUAAGAAAAAACUUUGUGAUUACUCUGUGCCACCUUCAUACAUCGUGUGGUUGUGCUGUCGAACAUAGUCCGUCCAUCAGAAUUUUCAGGUUAACUUGUCUCUCUAUCAACAAGCAAUAAAUUGCUACAUUUCACUAUU